AUGCCGCUCCCCGCAGACAUCGACCAACUUCACCCUGAGACUCAAGCCCUGCUACGAGCAGCCGCAGAAAAAGGAGGAAAGGGCUGUGAAGAAGGUGAAACCAUGGAAGAGUCACGAGCGAUCGCGGAUGCCAUGUUCGAGGAUGCCAAUCAGGGGGCAAACUACCAGUUUAAAGGAGAGAAGCAGAUAUGCACGGUUCCUUCUCCUUAUUGCCAAGAUGGAAUCACUGUGUGGGUAUUUAAACCGAAACCGUGUCCCCCAAGUCCCACCAUACUGCUAUAUUUCCACGGAGGGGGAUUUGUGUUGGGGGGCUUAAGAAGCCACGAUACCGUGGUGAAAACUUUGACCGAUACAACGGGGUGCAUAGUUGUCAACGUGAACUACCGCCUGGCUCCUGAGCACAAGUUUCCUGCUGGAAUUGAUGACUCUUUGACAGCGUUCAAGUGGGUUAUGGCCAACAAGGAAAAGCUUGGCGGCAGAGUAAGCAGUAAAGUUGGCGUCAUAGGCGACAGUGCCGGAGGACAUCUAGCGGCGACCAUAGCUCAUGAGGUCCCGGGGGUGGCACUACAGAUUUUGAUCGCCCCGGUUACUGAUUGGCGGAUGAAGACAGACUCAUACAAGCGUUACAGUGAGGGAUACUUCAUGUCAGCUAAAGAAAUGGAUUGGUUUGCUUCAAAGUUUUUUACGUCUGAUGCUGAACGGACUGACCCCAGGGCCUCCCCGUUAUUGAGGUCUGAGUUCCAGAAUCUACCCCCUGCUCUGUACAUUGCCGCCAGUCACGACGUCUUGGUGGACGAAGGGAAAGCAUACGUAGAAAAACUGAAGGCAGCUGGUGUACAUACGGAAACUGUAAUACUAGAAGGAGUGGUGCAUGGAUAUAUUUUAUUCCCACAUGUAUGCAAAGAAGCAAACGAUGCUACUUUGAAGAAAAUUGACAACUUCGUUAAAACCUAUGGACGUUAAACUAUGUUGCUACUCCUAGACAAGCCCCCCUCUUGCAAAUAGAGAAUUUUUAUAUUUAAAAAUAUGGGGAAUUUUUGAAGCAAAUAUGACCUCCGAAGUACAUGUGCCAUUGGACUUUCGAUCGUCUUCUAAUAGCAUACACUGAUAGUUAGCUCAUUACUGUCUUUGAUGUUUGGAGACGUGUUACAAUUUAUAAUUGAUAUAUUCAGAGCAAAUGUGCAUUAGUCUGUUAACCAUAGUGUCUUGUUUCUCAGACAUUUGGUUCAAGUUUUUAGUUUUCCCUUUUUGAAUAUUUAUUAACCCAUUCCUUUCCGUUAACAGCUAUACACAAUUCUGUUACACAGAACCUUCGUUGAGUGGAUUAUUAAUCAUUCCACGUAUAAGAAGCGUUUUCCAAAAAUAAUAUCCAUCGUCAUGUUAUUUUACAAAUAAAUGGCUGGCUAAUUUUUUCUAUGGUUUUUGUCUUGUCCUGUUACCCAAGGCUUCGUGUCAGAGUACUGGAUUUGCUUAGUACAUCUCAUGGAUAGAGGUUAU